UGUAACUGGAUGUCCGGCCGGUUACCGGGAGUCUUUGCAUCUGAGCGAGCGCCGUCACUAAACGGUGCAACAAAGCAGCGCACGCGUGCUAUGACAGUGCGCGUGAGGUACAAGUGAAUUAGUUUAGCUGUGUGUGUGAGCAGGAGAGUCAGUGGUCAGAGAAGAAUAAAUGCGCACCAGUUCACCUCAUUCAGCCAAUGUAGCAAAGUAGCGCACAGAACCGGACAGAGUCAGAGAGGAAACGGCGACGAAAGGAGGCCAGACCGGGAAAAGGAGCGCCUAUGACAGCCUCCCUGGUCCUAAACCCUCGCUGGCCAGCGGAAACGGUAAUGUUUGUGUAUGACAACAAUCUGGACGACCUGAACAAGAACAUGGAGGGGUUGGUGGGCAGCGGCAACUUCGCCGCUAGCCAGUGCCGCAACAUUAUGGCGCAUUCGGCGGCCGCGGCUGCUCUGGGCCACCCAUCCGGACUGGUGCACUCUUCGGCUGGCUACUCCACAGUUGACGUGUCGGCUUCAGGCUCUAGCGAGACAGGCGCGUCUUCGGGGAAGCAGUGCGCGGCUGGAUCGUGUACGGCGGCCGCCGUGCCGCACCAGAGCUCCUCUGCCGCUACAGCCUUGCCUUACAGCUACUUUGGUAACGGCUACUACCCGUGCAGGAUGGGGCGGGGUUCUCUGAAGUCGUGCACCCAGGCGGCGGGAGCCGCGCUGACCUCGCAGUCCUAUAUGGACACGACAGUGAACUCUGAUGAAUACACGAACCACCGCGCCAAAGAGUUCGCCUUUUACCAUGGCUACCCGAGCCCAUACCAGUCCAUGGCCAGCUACCUGGACGUCUCGGUUGUCCAAACGCUGGGGACCGGGGAGCCGCGCCAUGACACCCUGCUCCCCAUGGACAGCUACCAGCCCUGGGCUCUUACCAACGGCUGGGGGGGGCAGAUGUACUGCUCCAAGGACCAGGGACAGGCCGGACACCUCUGGAAGUCCGCUCUGGCUGAUGUGGUGGCGCACCAGCACGACGGCUCGCCUUUCCGCCGCGGCAGGAAGAAGCGGAUACCGUACACCAAGCUCCAGCUCAAAGAACUGGAGAAAGAGUACGCAGCCAACAAAUUCAUCACCAAGGACAAGAGGAGGAAGAUCUCCGCCGCGACCAACCUGUCGGAGCGGCAGAUCACCAUCUGGUUCCAGAACAGGAGGGUGAAGGAGAAGAAGUUCGUGGCCAAAGUGAAGACCAACGCGCCAUAGCAUGCAGGUUCCUGCGCUUUGGACGAUUGAAUGAAGGGACGUGGUGUAUUUGCGUGUUUUACAUUAAGAGUGAACUCAGAGAAACUACAAAAAAAAUGUGGAAAAUGAAGAAACGACUACGUAGUACUCCUGACGGACUGGGACUGUGCGGACCCGCGCGUCAAAGAAUGGAAGAAAAAAGACCAAUAAAAAAGAACAUAAAGGGCAAAAUAAGGUUAAAGACAAAAACCAAAGCCCCCUGAUCAACCUUCUUCUUAGAGGCGUCCUGUAAAUACAGCACCUUCCUGCCUGCUUUGAUGUAACUGACUGUCUGUGUUUUACUGUUUGUCAGUGUUGUCCGUGCCCUGCCUAUAGUCGAAAACACAC